AUAUAUAUAUACGCGGAGGACGACGCACGCGGUUUACGAUCUGACGUAAGAAUGUCUUCAGGAUGAAAAUAUCCCCGGAUUAUGCAGGAAACAGCAGCGAUGAUGACGAUGAUAACCGAUCGCUCCAAGAUUCGCACGAUGCUAUUCGCGCAUAUCGGAUUGGUCAUCCUGUCUUCGAUCGUUUGGCAAACGGUCAAUUGCGACGAGUACAGAAAUUAUCCAAUUCAGGUGCAUCAAAUGUUUCAAGAAAAAAUGCUUCGCAGUUCGGAAAACGUGGAACGAGUCAGAGGGAACUGGGGAAGCUGGGCUGCAUGGUCAGAUUGUUCCCGAUCCUGUGGGACCGGGAUACAGUCGCAGGCUAGAGAUUGCGUCCCAAUGCGGGGAUAUUUGCGGAAACGCAGCAUCGCCAGCAUCGAGGGUCAGAGACCGGAAAUAAAGCCGUUUUGCAUCGGGACUUACAAACGAUAUCACGUCUGCAAUACUCAGGAGUGUCCAGAUUUUCGGGAUAUCAGAGCUCAACAAUGCGCCAAGUAUAAUGGAAAAUUUUACAAAGGGCAGAGUUAUCAGUGGGAACCAUUUCCUGAUGCUCCAAACGACUGCGCGCUGAACUGCCGGGCAGUAGGAGAGCGCUUCUACGCCACCCUGGAACCAGCCGUCCUGGAUGGAACGCCGUGUCGAGGAAACCCACGACGACGCUCCCGGGUCCCCGGAGUCCUUGCCGUAGGCGCCGCGGAUCGUUGGCUCUGCGUCGAGGGCCAGUGCAAGUCGGUUGGAUGUGACGGUGUCGUCGGUUCGGGUCGAGUUUAUGACGCCUGCGGUGUUUGCGGAGGUGAAGGAAACAGCUGUCGACUUUUCGAAGGUAUUUUUUUGGAGCCAAAAUUAUCGGCCGGUCAUCAGCUGGUGACGACCAUUCCAAAGGGGGCAAUUUCGAUCAACAUCACGGAAAUCCGGCCGUCUAAAAACGCUUUGGCAUUGAGAAGUACGAAUGGCAGUUUCAUCUUCAACGCUCCGUCUCCGCAGUCAUCACUGAGCUCGUCUGGAGCUUACGAAGGUGCUGGGACGGUUUUUUCAUACCGUCGGGGAAACCUCAUGCAUGCUGAAAAUAUUUGGACCGAAGGUCCGCUCGAAGAGCCCGUAGAUCUAAUGAUUUUGUCCGAAGACUUGAAUCCAGGGAUAUUGUAUAAAUACAUGCUGCCGCUCGAGGAGAAACUAGAAGACAUCGCGAUGCUGGCACCGCCUGUACUCGUUACUGGUCCCAAUGAUAGAAUCGGCAACGAAAUUCCGGAACAUUCUGCCCACGUGGGAACGCCGCCAUUGGAUCCCAACGCGACCAAGUCCGAAGGUGGGAAGGAUGCAGCUCCGGGUCGUCCAGACGACGAGGAUGACGAUAAGAGGAACUCGAACCAAUCAAACGCGGUAGGAAAAAUGGCCGGCGAUCAACCGGUGCAGACAAAAUUGAUUGGCAAGAAUCAACGGAAGAGGAAAAAGAACAGGAGCAAGAAAAAGUUCUUCUGGAAAAUAGCCUCAUUGUCACCUUGCUCGAAGGCCUGUGGCGGUGGCGUGCAAUACGCGACUUUCAAAUGCUUCCGAGAAAGCACGCAGGCCAUGGCGCCCGAAAGAAGAUGCAAAAACGUUCCUCGACCACCUUCACCACCGCCUCUGAGGUGCAACACGUUGCCGUGUCCCGCCAGAUGGCGAGCCGGUCCGUGGAGUCCGUGUUCGGUGACUUGCGGCACCGGAAUUCAGUCCCGAAAACUCGAAUGUGUUCAGGAGUUGAACCCCAAGCUGACAAUGCGCGUUGCCUCCGGUGCUUGCAUUCAGAAAGCUGAUUUAAAAACAACCACUCAGUGCAGGUUGACUUCCUGCAUAUUUCCUCGGGCUCCUCCUGAGGCGAGGCAAAUGCAUCCGCAGGUCGAAGCUAUCCAAAAGGAAUCCCACUGGACGACCGGAAAUUGGGGAGAAUGUUCGAGCACCUGUGGUCCGGCGAUUCGUAAAAGAGAGGUGAUAUGCAUAACAGCAGGAUCGACAACCUGCCCCGAUGAAACAAGACCCGCAAACGAAACAGCUUGCGAUUCUUUACCCGAGUGCAACAGGAUCCCAGCUCAAAAUGCGCCUUGGCUAUACACCGACUGGUCGCCUCAGUGUUCCGCCGAGUGUGGAAUCGGUUUGCGAACACGUCAAAUCGUCUGUAGUGACGUUAACGAGGUAUUUUGCGACGCCUCGAAAAAACCAAACCUCGACGAAUCUUGUACCGGAAAUGGUACACACUGUGACCAGAUGAGGUAUCAGUGGUUCGUUGGAGCCUGGAGUUCGUGCACCGUUAGCUGCGGACCCGGUUCUCAGCAUCGUGACGUGGCUUGCCUAGCGUCAAGGGGUGGCGAUUUGAAAAUCGUUGGAGAAAUGAAUUGCCGCGAAUUGCCACGGCCUGAAGCAGAUCAGAGAUGCCUAAGACCGCCGUGUCCGGCAGAAUGGUUCACCUCCGACUGGUCCGAGUGCACCCAGAGUUGUGGACCCGGAACGCAGAGCCGAGUUGUUCGUUGCCUUUUCGAAGGAGUUCCGACGACCGGUUGUGAAAAAUCUAGCGAACCAAAAUCCCGGAGAAUGUGCGAAAAGCAACCGUGCAAAUCGAAGUCCAAUUUUGACAUACCACCGAAAUCACCGAAAAAAGUUCACGAAAAGUCCGACUGCGUUGACAAAUAUCCAAAUUGUACUCUGGUCUUGAAGGCUCGAUUGUGUCGAAUAAAGUACUACAAGCAUUCCUGCUGCGGUUGCCGCGACCAUCUAUGAGUGUAGUCGAAUAAUUGUAUAACUUUUUUUUAAAACAACUCAUUUUCACCACAAGACGUUAAAUUCUGAAAACGAAGCCUGCGUAUGUAUACGGUAUAGCCGUAUUUCGUGUUCUUCUAUUUUUUGACGCUUUAAAUUUCAGUGUGAAUGAAAAAGAAAUAGGUGGAUAAAUAAGGUGUGAAACGCCUGUUGCGAUCGAGGGUAUCAAUCUCUAAUAUAUAUAUAACAAAGUACGGAAUCUCAUUUGUUUCGAAAAAACAAAAAAAAGAAAUUAUACAUUUUAUUAGAAUUGAACUACCGUAAUAUUUCAGAAUUUAUUUUACUUCUCUCAAUUCUUUUCGAUUGCAGCUUGUCGCGCAUGAACAGUAUUUGCCAAUAUCGUUGUUUGGCUGUAUGUAAGUGACAAAUCGAUAUUAUAUUAACGAUUAAAGAUCUUUCGACGGGCUUAUAAGUAUGAUAUCAUACCUAUCUAAGUACAUUUAAUUGUAAUAGUACGAAUUUCUAUUUUAUAUCAUAUUUAAAAUUUAUUUCUAUCUAUUGUGUAUAAAUUAUCAUUAUUGUAUCACAUUGUCAUCAGACUUUAUCAAUAUCGUAAUCGAGUAGGUAUACAUUACAUAUACACGUGAUACACAAUGCAGAUUUGUUACUAACUAGAAGUAUAUAUAAAGAUUUUUAGAAACAAUUGAGGUACGAGAAGAUUGCCGUUUUCUAGAUUUUUUCUUCUUUCCUAAAGUGACACAGGCGAGGUAAUUACGGAUUUGAAAUCGUGUGAAACGUAAAUGUCGUUUUUUUGUUAUUUCUCUUUUAUACUUUUGUCCCUCACUUUUCUCUUCGAAAAGAUCUAUCAAUCAGUUUCUUCGUUAAUACCUACGUUUUAUAGGUUCGAAGGAGAUUAUGACGCGCGCUAUUCAUAUAAACGUAUAUAGAUGCAUUCGUGCAUGUAUGUACUGCUUUUUAAUCGUAGCUUAUAAAUCAUACGUCAUAUUAUCCCGCGUUUGAAAUUAUAAUUCAGCUAAGCGUACCUACGUAGCGCUGCUUCUACUUCUGUCACUGUCUUACGAUGGUCGUUUAUUCAUGUGGCUGACAGAGUAUGAUGAUGGAAUAUGUACAUACAUACAUAUCUAUGCGACUUGCCGAGAGAUUCGUCGCGGCAAUU